AGAUAAACAAGGCAAUAAGCGUCAGGCAGGACACUUGUUGCCAUUGCUCCUCAUUAGCCGGCGCCCAACUUGCAUAUGAGUGGGCGUCUGCUUGGCUUUUGUUCCACUCCGGCUCAUUAGUUCAAAUAUAAGGCCAAAGGGCAUUUCAUUUAAUUAUGCAGUCGCCGCCAGUUGGGCCCCACGCUGUUAUAUUUCAAAACCGGCCAGCGCAGCCAGCAAGCCGUUCAGUCAACCAGUGUCCAUCGUGUUAGCCACACACAGUCGCCAGCGCAAGAGCUCCCAGCCAACAAGUCAAGCAGCCAAUCAGCCAGCCAACUAGUCCCAAGAGAACACAGCUCUAGCCAUGAGCCAGAUCGGCGGAGUUGCCGCAGGGCCACGCAACUGGACUCUGCGCGGCGCUGUUUUGCUACUGGCCCUGCAGCUUCUCCAGACACCAAAUGCACUGCAGCACACCGAGGAGGGUCUCGAGUUGCUCUUUCGCGAGCGCUCACAAUCCGAUUGGGAGAACGUGUGGCAUCAGGAAACGCAUUCCCGAUGCCGGGACAAGCUGGUCCGCCAGCUCUACUGGGCCUGCGAGAAGGACAUUUACAGACUAACGCGGCGCAACCGUAAGAGGGGCGGCAACGAGGUCUUGACCAAGAGCAGCUACAAUCCCGCAGCUGGUUCCGCUGCCUCCACCUGGCUGCAUGUGAACUAUGCCAAUAUGUUGCUGCGCAGCAGACGCUCCGACGCGCCCUCCAUUACCAACGAGUGCUGCACCAAGACCGGCUGCACCUGGGAGGAAUACGCCGAGUACUGCCCCUCAAACAAGCGCCGCAAUCACUACUGAGCUUCUUCAACUACCGUGGCUAUUCACAUAAGCCCAUAAUAUUGCCUAUAUAACUAUAUACACGAUAUAGCUCCACUCUUUUUUUUUUGUGUGUUUGCAGUUAAAUAAAAUUUUAGCCACAGAAAAACAUUGUUUCAUUAAACAAUAGUACAAAAUAUGGGGGAAGUAUAAAAAAUGAAAUAUUCUCUAUCUGCGUACAUCAUAUGAAAACCUGCAUACCAUUUGGUGGAUCUAGCGCUAUGGUCUUCGAGAAUUG